AGAGAUUCUUUUGAUGGCACCAACAAAAAAACAAAAAAGAAAAGAAAAGAAGAGAUAGAGUUUGGACAGCAGAGAAGAAUAUAUAAAUAACUGUUGUACCAAGUAAGCUAUCAUCAACAGUCAAGUAGCAAAGUGGUAAUAGCUAGGUAGUUCAUAAUGUCAAGAGAUAGAGACCCUCUGGUAGUUGGGCGUGUGAUAGGGCAGGUGUUGGAUCCGUUUGUAAGGUCUAUCAGUCUUCAAGUCACUUACAGUACCAAAGUGGUUAACAAUGGCUGUGAGCUCAAACCCUAUCAAGUUGUCAACCAACCUAGGGUUGAUAUUGGUGGUGAUGAUUUGAGGACCUUCCAUACUUUGGUUAUGGUGGAUCCUGACGCACCUAACCCAAGUGAUCCAAAUCUGAGAGAAUAUUUGCAUUGGCUGGUGACUGAUAUACCUGCGAUGACAGGGGCAAGUUUCGGACAAGAAGUGGUCUGUUAUGAAAGCCCAAGACCAACGGUGGGGAUACAUCGCUUCGUGUUCAUAUUGUAUAGGCAACUGGGGAGGCAGACAGUGUAUGCACCUGGCUGGCGCCAGAACUUCAGUGCUAAAGACUUUGCUGAGCUUUACAAUCUUGGCUCGCCUGUCGCUGCAGUCUAUUUUAAUUGCCAGAGGGAGACAGGAUGCGGUGGAAGGAGGAGAUGAUCAUGCUCGUGCCUACGCCGAUGCCUUAAACAAAUUAUAAUUAGCUUCCUUCUGCGACCUCUAUCAAUCAUUAGCUUCCUUUCCACUUUAUUUCAAUAAGAUUUUUCAAUCAUUUGAUGUUUUCAGAAACCAAAAACCCCCAAAAAAAAAAAAGAAAAGAAGGGAAGAUGAUAUAUUUCUAUAAUAUAUUAUAUUAUGUCUCAAUGCCUUGGAAUAUGGGAUGCGGCCAUAAAAGUUGUAUUUCUACAUGUAUUUGGCAUUUGCUACAGUUACAGAUUUCAGAAUUUUAUAUAUAAAUUAUCAUGUGCUCAAUUAGUCAA